CGUACACAUUUCAGAUUCCUUUUUCAUUUUUUCUGUUUGCUCGGUUUUGCGGUAGCCGCCGUUGAGUUUAAGGUUUUUUUUCGAACCCGAAUAGAUUUUGUCCGUUUUGUAUCCUACGUUUGCUGAGGGAUUGUGAUUUUUCAGCUUUGAAUGUUGCCGUGGACCUUUUGAAUAAUAUAGUUCCCCAUAUUUUGAUCGGAGAUCCCCGCUGUGGGUAUGCAUUAACGUUUUUUUCUGGUUCAUCUAACUUUAUACGCAGUGGCCAACGGUACAAAACCUCACUAUGGAUGAUUUACUGGCCAAAUUUGAGGAGUUGGUUCUACAUACACUGGAAGCAGAAUCUCGCCUGGAGGACGAAUUCCAGAAAUGCACCCAGAAAGUGGACGAUUUUGUGCUGCAGGCCAUUUGUAGCGGAACACCAGUUCAGAACAAGAAACGUCCAAAACGGCUAGAUUCGAUAGAUGACUGCGGCCGUGAUCAGGAGCACGAAACGUCGAAUGCAUCCAACAGUAGCUCUACGGUAUCACGUGCAAGUCACAAGAAGAAGAGCGUCCAUGAUAAUCAUCAGCAAGGGAUGGUGCAAUCAAAACCUCCACCGGAACUUGAAGAAAGUCAAACUCGUCCAGGUCGUACGGCUCGUUUGAAGGCUGCUCAAAAUUUAAAAGAACCUAGUUUAUCCUCGAAACUGCGGCAGCCUGGCAUUACUAUUAAGAAAGAGCGAAUCUCGACGGGCGUUAAAAAGGACCAAAUCGAACCGAUGGAGCUGGAUGAGGAAAAUGAUGCCAACUUGAUGAAUGGCGUGGCUCCGUUGGAACAAAACAAGGACCAACCCGAAAAGAGGAAAUCAAACGACGAAGGAUUUGGGAGCACUAACGAAAAGGAGAAGGAAGCUGACGAAGUUCCAUCCAGAGAAAUGUCCAUUAUGGUUAUUCCGGUACCUGUUCCAAAGGUUGAGGUACUGUCGGAUGAUGAAGCCACUGAAAAGAUGCCACCUCCUUCAAUGCCUCCUCCAUCGUUGGCGCAACCGAAAACAAGAGCUCGGCAGAAGCGGAUGGACAAAUCAAAGACCAAAAGUUCACACACAUUUCCGGUUCCGAUCAAACGGGAAAUAGAUACCGAUGAGACUUCUUCGGCAGUUUCAUCGUCAGAGUCAACGCUAUCGAAUGUCUCUACAACAAAAACUUCGGAACGUGUUCGAAAGAAGAAACAAUCGGCUCAAAUAGAGAUGGAAAAAGUGCACAUAAAAACGGAAAAACUAUCGAUGGAAGAAAAAGUUAAGGCGAGCAAAUCUAGAACAACUGAAAAGGCCUCAGCUAACACAAGUCCAGCACAAUCUGAAAAAUCCGUCUAUGAAGAUGCUCUUGAAGGUGAUGCUGUGAUGCGUCAUGUUGCCGUAUCUCUAGAUAAAGUGGUCACCGGGCCAGUCGAGAAAAAUCAAACAUUUGCUAUAGAUAGUAAAAAUGGAACAUUUUCCGUGCCUGCUUCAAAUGGCACCUUUGUUCUACCUUCUCCGACGGGUGCCGCAAAUGGUACUUUCCAGAUUAGAUCGCCGGAAAAUGCUGUCAAUGAAACUUUCGAUGUACGUCAGCUGCCCGGACCGGGUAACAGUACCUUUGUGAUGGAAAACAAAAACACCAGCGAGAAGCAGCAGGCACUUAUAAACGCUAGCAUCAUGACCGAGGAUAAUUCCCAAACUGAAGAAAGUCCGGAGAAACCCAAAUCUAAGAAACCUUCCGUUGCGAAGAAACCCGCAACUUUAGCUAAAAUCAAUCCUAAGAAACACCACGAACUGUUCAGUUUACAGAGUCCUAUCAAAACGCGAAUAGAAGCUUUCGAAAAAGCGGCCAUCGGUUCUCCAAUGCAUACUCGUACGGGAAAAGUGACAACCCCCAACCAGCCAGCACGACUGCCACCAAAAACAUCUACUACCCCUCUUGCGUCUCAGCGAUUCCCAUCAACUGCUAAAGUCACAACGCCAACUACGCAGAACUCACUCCUCCAGGGCAAAGGCAUAUCCUCGUCUGCCUCUAAGCUGGCCCAUCUACAGAAAAGACCGAUAACCGCAUCCGGGACCCUCGCCAAAUCGCAAAGUCUUUCCAGGGAACCGAGUUUUGACCGAUUGACAGGCACCCUAUCGGCGGCCUCCUCCAGUUCAUCGCUGGCCAUAGACGAGAAAAAGAAAAAACGCGAAGAAAAGCAACGUCUUGCGCAGCAACAGCGCGAACAGAUCGAGAAAGAGAAACGUGAACACGCGGAGCGAUUGAUGCGCGAAAAGGAAGAAAAACAUCGCAAACUGGUCCAGGAGAAGGAGGAAAAACUUCGGGCCGAGCAGGUCAAGAAGGCCAAAAAGAUGGAGGAGUUCGAGAAGCGGCGUCAUCUGGAGGAAUUAAACCAGCGACAACUAGCGGAACUGAAGCGUGAGGAACUGGCGAAGCUGGAACAGCAGCAGAGAGCCGAACGGGAACAGGAGAUACUCAAGAUAAACCAAGCGAAGGAGAAUUACGAAAUCAAACUGCACAAACAGAUGUACCAACAAAAGUUGCAGCAACAGCAGAAACUCCAACAGGCCAGUCUCCAGCAGCAACAGUUGCUGCAACAACAGAAACAAAAAUCCGGUUCUACGGCAGCAGCUCCAGCGGAAAAAUCAUCCAAGGCUUACUUCAACUUCGAUAUGAUCCAAACGGAUGAUUCGACGGACGACGAAAGCGUCAGUUCUAGCAAAAAGACCAAACGUCCCCCUCUGCCAGCGUGGAGUUCUAAAGAAUCCCGGUUCCAACUUAUCAGGACACAAGCGGAAAUACACUUGAAGGUGAUCGAUCAGUUCUUCUCGGUGGCCCCAAUGACACCGGACUUGCGUGAAAUCUUCCCCUCAAUUGAUGCCCGAAAGCUAAAGCGAAACUCGAGCGCUGUGUGGCGGACACCGCCACGAUACUCGCAAAUGCCCAAGUACUGAAUCCGUUGGGUGCCCCCUCUUAAUUACUGUCUAUCUUAAUUGACUCAAUACUAGCUACUAACGUAAAUAUUCAAAUGAUAGCUUGUGUAGAGUGUAAGUGUUUCUGUGUUUGCGUGUUAUGAGCUUGGAUCAUCGCAGUCGAAUAGAGUAUUUUUCGAACAUUCUGAGUGGACGUAUUUUACAAUGUUUAUGUGGUCCAUCAAAAUACAUAGUAGAACAGCCCCCCUAACAAAUAAUCUGAUCGCAGUGACAUUUCCGAUACAAACUCGAUCGACGCCCAAAAGCAAUUUAUUUGUUUACGUCUCUGUGUUAUGUUAAUCGUUCGAUCGUAGAAGAAAAAUCAACGUCGCGGUAUCAUUCAUAGAAGCUUCAACACGUUUUUGAUUACUGUUUAUUUUCGCUUCGAAUAAGUAUUUCUGAUUCAGGGGGACUUUUGUUAAUAUAUUUCUUUGUCAAAAAAAGAACAUCCCCGUUAUUUUGAUCUAUACCGAACUCGUACGCAUUAAGUAUUAAAACAAUAUUCAAUAAAUAUUCCAACAUUUUUAAAAUCUGAUAA